AUGGAUCAAUCGCUCGAACUUCGCAAUGAUAUCUACCAACGUCAGUAUGAGGAUGGCGCCUGGAUAUACAGGCUGGUUGACUACAAAAGAAAGCUGUUAACCACUGAACGCUUGAGGAUUACGCAUACAUCUCCUGCUAUUCUAGGAGAAUCUCGAUACCACACCACGGAGGAGUUAGAAAAGGCUGGAUAUCUCUUCAUGGAGGGUGGAGAGAAGCACCAAUUUGAAGCCCAGCACCCGGAUAAGCCACCCACCCGCUUCACCAACCACCUGCGUCUAAGCGAAAGAGAAUUGGAGCAAUGUGGUCUUCUGAAAGAACUUGGCGAGCUACGCCAAAUUGCUCUCAAUCCCGAGUUUCAGCAAGGCCUAGCAACAACCAUGAAGCGGAAGUAUCCCGACUACGCGUCCAGGAAAGGGAUGCAUUAUGAGAUUGGCGUUACGAGGCAGCCUGGACAUGGGCCUAGGAGGCUCCAAAUGGCUGAGAUCUUACGUAAAGACGCAGAUGGUUCGAAGAAGGACUUUUUGCAUCGAGCUCGCAUUCUAGGCCAAAAGUUGCUCGAUAUUUGGAUCCCUGAGUACAAGAAUACCCACGCGUUUCAGGAGGCAGAGUGGCAUCGGAAUGCCGCAAUGACCUUUGGUACGGAUACAAAUACGACACUCAAUUCCAUGCAGCUCAAUUAUACCAAGCAAGGAACCUCCCUGGCAGCCUCUCUCAAAGGGAAGGCACAUUUACACUGCGACAAAGACGACCAGCCUACCUCCUAUUCCAUCGUCUUUUUCAUGUCCAACUUUGACGAUUGGUAUUGUCCAGGCCAUUUUAUCAACACCACCUGGCGAACCAUCUUCCCUGCCUCUCCAUUCCAAGUCUACAUCUUCUCAGGAAGAACUUGGCACUACGGAGCUGGAGCUGGACCCUAUCCUGGGUGGGUAGGGCCAGGCCAUCCACUCCGCUUACCAGCUCCCUCGGUCCAACUGCCUGUUCUCGAGUCCACUGCCGCUGACAAUAAGAUGCGGUGUAAUAUGGUCGUAUACCCAACUCGUCGACUCCUUAAUCCUGCGUUCAAAGAGGCCAAUGUCGAACUUUGGCAGCCAAAUGGCCGCCACGUCUUUGAGAGUAUUCAAACGCAGCAAGAGUGGAAGCUGCGCUUGUUUAUCAAGCAAGAGGUGCUGUUCAAGAUCGUUGCGGCCCUGCAAACUGAUGAGCUUCUACAAAAUCGUUUCCCCGAAUGGAUACGCAAUUGGUGGUGGAUGAUGACUUUUGCCCCAGAUAUGUUCUGGCAUGGUGCCGGAGACGUUUCAGACGAUGCAGAAAAUAGUGCCUUGGCAUAUUUCAAGCAAUUGGAGGAAGAAAAGAGGAAGAACAAUGCCGGAGAAGAAGACAACGAGCAGAAUGGCGAUGCUAACCUCCAAUCAACCGCCCCAAAUAAAAAAUACUGGCCUACCAAAUCCGAAAGAGUCAUCACGAAAGCAUUCGCGACACAUUACGAAGAACUUGCAGAGGAGUGGGAAUGUUUGAGAACAUAUGAUCCCGACUGGUUCAUUGAGAAAUUUUGGUGGAUCGACCCUACUACUGGAACCAAAACCUAUCCUUCUCGUAAUAUAGCUAUGAAAACCAUCGCGGCGAUUGCGGCGGGACCUAGCAAGCAGUUGAAGGACUUGGAGGAGGAUCUGGCGCAGGCGUAUGAUGGAUUUGGCGAUUACGAGGGCGAGACAAUUUUCACGGAGCUGGAAUCUCCUCGAGCUUUUGAUCCGGCGGUAGAUACUGUCCCUGCUAAUCCUGGUUGGGUACCAACUCCUGAUUGGGAGCCUGCUGCUGUUGAAGAAGGGGUUGAAGUGGAUAAUGUACAAGGCUGA